GAAGAAGCUGGUAAAUUGAUCACAGCAGGGUUUAGGUCAGUUCCCCCAAAACCCCAUUCUACUCUACCUGAUCAAAAAAAAAAAACAUACGCGCACAGAGUUCACUUCUCCGGCGAUAAACUAACACUCUCUCUCUCUCCCUCCCUCUCUCUCUCUCUCUCUCUCUCUCUCCCUCUCUCCCUCUCCCUCCCCCCCAACACUACAAACCAUGAAAUCACUAUACCUCAAAAAACCCCUCUUCAUUUCUACACGAACAAUCUCGAUAAACCACAUCCAACUCUCCCAUUUCUCAGCCACCCCCUCUCCCUUUCACAACACCCCUUCCUACUCUUCCCGCCGCCACGAAGACGAGAGCCGUCUCGUCCGUGUUUCCGUCUGGUGGGAUUUCGAGAACUGCACACUUCCUAAAGGAAAUUACGCCUACAGACUAGCUCAGUGUAUCACUUCUGCUGUUAGGGCUAAUGGAAUUAAGGGUCCUAUUUCGAUCACCGCUUUCGGGGAUGUGAUGCAGCUUUCGAGGUCCACGCAGGAGGUUUUGUCCGCCACGGGGAUUAAUAUCACUCAUGUUCCUAAUGGUGGAAAGAACAGUGCUGAUAGAUCUCUACUUGUAGACCUUAUGUAUUGGGUUUCACAAAAUCCUCCACCGGCACAUCUUUUCUUAAUAUCGGGUGAUAGAGAUUUUGCGAACAUAUUACACCGGUUAAGAUUAAGCAACUACAACAUACUGCUUUCAAGUCCAAAUACUGCACCUGGGGUUCUAUGCAGUGCUGCAAGUAUUAUGUGGCAAUGGCAUGCUUUGGUUAAAGGGGAGGACCUUAAUGGCAAGCAUUUCAACCAGCCACCAGAUGGCCCCUAUGGUUCUUGGUACGGUCACUAUAGGUUGCCUCUUGAGGACCCCUUUUCAGUUACUGAGCAAUCUGCAUGUUCACAGCUUGGGGACUCAUCUGAAUCAGGCUCGGAAGAUACAUUUCGUCCAGUGCCAGAGGAAGUAGUGAAGCAGCUACAACAUAUAUUGAAGUCGCAUCCUGAUGGAAUGAAAAUUACAGAUCUCCGACAGGAAUUAAACAGUUCUGAUGUGACAUUAGCUAGAGACUUUUAUGGAUACCAGAAGUUCUCACGCUUUCUGUUAUCAAUGCCACACAUUUUGGAGAUUAAAGAUUUGGGUAGUGGUCUGUUCUCUGUAAAGAGAGUUACCUCCAAAUAUCAUGAUUCUGCUGACAAAAAUCCAAGCACAAAUUCCACCCAUGUUACUACUAAUGAAGACCGAAACCAAACUAUAUCUGAAAAAAGUUCAGAUCCAGAAGAGAAAUCAUCUGUGCCUUCUUCUCUGAAAGUACAUGUGCAAGAGCCUCUCAGGAAUUCUAAGAAUUUGCCAGAGCCAACCAAUCAGUUAGAAGAACCCUUGAAGAAUGUGCCAGAUCCCUUGGAGAAGGCAAACAGCGCUAAAGUUCAAACAGACCCUCUGGAGAAGUCUGAAUUACUGAUUCAUGUAGAAAUUCCGUCAGAGAAAGUGCCUGACAACCCUUUGAAUGUCGAGACAGUUAACAACCGUGAAUUUACCAACAGCUAUCCAUGUUCAUCACAGGAACAGGAUCCUGCACCUGAAGUUGGUCUUUUAACAAGGAUUUGGAGAAAAUGGAUAAAUGGUAAAGAUGGUAGUUCUAAGGAGAAUAAUAUCGAAAAAUUAGAUGCCUUUGCUACUUCUACUGACAGCAAUAUGAAGACAGAAGAGAUAAAGAGUAAUAUUGUAGAGUCAUCUGGUGCAUGUAAUGAUCCAGUAGGCGUAGCUGAAAAUUUGUCAUCCAGAGAUGAAAUGAUUACCGACAGAAGUGUUACUAGGAGCUGUGAAGCUGAUGAUAGGUCUAACAGGCACCCUGGUUUUUUAAGCCAGAUCAUUAAUUGGUCUAAAUUAUGGCGUAGCAAGGAGCUUAGCGAUCCAGUUAAAAUAAGCAUUGAUGAAAAAAACUUGAUUAGGGGUGAUACAAUGGAAAAAAAUCCCAUAUUUGCAGCGGAGUCCUUUUGGAAUGAGAUGGUUACAUUCAUUAAUACACCUAAAGGAUCAGAUGUGGUUGAGAGGUCAAUGACUAGAGUUGAGAUGUCACAUAGUUUGCAAAAACAAGGGCCACCUGUCCUGAGAAAUCUCAUUGAAAGUGAUCUUCUUCAUCUGGUGGACCUGUUAAUCUCGGACAAGAAGUGGGUGGGAGAAUGCCCCUCUGAAAAGUUCCCUUUUAAACUUAUUCAGCCAACUGACAAGGGUUCUUCUUGUCAGGGUUUAAGCUCCAUGUUUCUGGAUACACAAUCAGAGCCUGGCCUACCAAGCCUGCAAAAACAGACACAGAAAGGGUACCAGAACCUGCCACCUGCUGGGGAUUCUUUACCAACAAUGCACAACAACCCCAACAAGUCCAGAAGUGAUGUUGCGGCUGACUGCAGAAAGCUUGUGGAGUUCAUCAUCACUGAAUAUCCACAAGGAUUCAGUAUAAGCAGACUUAGAAAAUUGUUCUUGGAGAAGUAUGGCUAUUCGCUGGAAGCACACAAAUUUGGUUACAACAAUUUGGUAAGCUUAGUACAGAAGAUGCCUUGGGUAAAAAUAGAGGGUGGUAAGAUAAUGCCAGCAGCUCCUUCGGACAUAGAUUUGAAAAGUUGCGGUGUGGAAUCCACAGAUCCUUCUGUUCCAAAAGCUGAUGUCGGUGAUGCUAAAAGUAAUUUUGGUGCAGAUAUUUUUGGCACUUCAAAAACAAGCGAUCAACUUGAUUCCUCAUGGGAGGAACUUGGGCCAGUUACAUAUACAACUCCCAAGAGACAGAAGAUGAAGAGUUCAAGCAAAAAGAAAAGGAAAGAAGCUGUUGGACAGGUUAAAUAUGACUACGAGUUAGUACCAGAUGAUUACUUAUCUAGCGACGAAGAGAAUUUGUCUUCAAGAGGAAUGGAUGGGCGCAAACAUUUCAGGAAAAACGGAGAAGAUAGCUCAUUGCUACAAAUCCUUGACCGGUACCACAAUAAGGAGGAUGACACUAGAAGCAAGGACUGUACAAGGGCAGUACUAGAUAAAUCUGAUGCGGUGGACAGUUUUAAAAAAGAUUCAAUAUCAUCUUUAUCUUCAAGCACUUUAGAGAAUAAAGAUCAUGUAGGAAGCUGUGAACACAAUUUGAGGCCCUCUAAGAGCUAUUCAUUUGUAUCAGAUGAAGUUGUGGAUGACAAGGACAAGUUGAUUGAUGGUAUACUAGGUAGCUUGAAGAAGUCUGGGGGAAGGUCGACGGAGUCAGGAAUCUAGACUUAAUUGCUUCUCUAUACGGUGUUGGUUUGUCCUGGCUAACUGACACUUUGUAUGUAACAAAUUAGGAGUAGUUUGAGUACUCGAGUUAUUCAUACAAGAGAUAAGACCUACUGUUUAUUCAUCAGUGCUUUUGCAUAGCUUCCAA